AUGCCAGAAAGGGGGUUGGACUCUGGACCCAUUAUGGUUGCUUUGAAACUAUACAUCAGUUAUGCUUGGAGCCUUAGAGCUGGCCUGCUCGUACAGAAUCAGCUGGAAUUUCAGUUGGAGUCUGUGAUGGCCGAGUUCAAACUCUCGAACAACACACUUCGACGUAUGAUGUCACAUAUGAGUGACAACAUGGAUCGAGGCCUCGAAGGCGGACUAGCUAAAUCAACGAUAGCCAUGUUGCCUUCGUUCGUACCCGAAUUGCCGGAUGGUACCGAACGCGGAAGAUUCGUCGCUAUGGAUUUGGGUGGUACAAAUUUAAGAGUGAUGAUCAUGGAAAUUGAACCAGGUGAAAAAAUGCGAACGAAACAGUUUAACACACGUAUGCCCAAUGCAGCCAUGCACGGUACCGGUAAACAGUUAUUCGACUAUAUAGCCAAGGCGCUGGCUGACUUCCUCAUUGAAAAAGAUAUGGCUAACGAUAAUCUGCCAGUCGGUUUCACAUUUUCCUAUCCAUGUGACCAGACUGGUCUACGAAGUGCCACUUUGUUACGGUGGACAAAAGGUGUCACUGCGACGGGAGUUGUCGGGGAGGACGUUGUGAAACUACUAGAAGAAGCUAUCGCAAGAGAUGGGCGAAUCAAGGUCGAAGUGGUGGCGCUGAUCAACGACACAGUGGGAACGAUGGUUGCCGCUGCGUAUGAAGCUAAAGGCGAAUGCGAUCUUGGAGUGAUCAUUGGAACCGGAACCAAUGCCUCCUAUAUGGAAGAUUCGAAACGAAUUAUUCACGGAUUGGAGAAUGCAUCGGAACCCUAUCACCAUAAACAGAUGAUUAUCGACACGGAAUGGGGAGGUUUUGGCGAUAAUGGAGAAGCCGAGUACAUCUUCACUCAGUACGAUAAGAUCGUCGAUGAACGUUCUGAUCAUCCUGGAGUGAACUCGCUCGAUAAGUUAGUUGCCGGUAUGUGUAUGGGUGAGGUCGUUCGCCUUGUGCUUGAGAAAUUGUGUACUCAUAAGGUACUCUUCAAUGGAAAUGGUUCAAAAAUUCUGUACACAAUCGGAUCAUUCCCAACAAAGUAUAUUUCUGAAAUUCUACAGCGAUGUACUCUGAGAAUUCCAUUCAAUAUGUUUGUUCCUAGUGAUGACUGUGGAUCGUACUCGAAUACGAGGCAAAUUAUGGACGAGUUGAAUAUCGACGAUUACACAUUCUCUGAUAUGUUGCUGUUCCGUGAGGUCUGUUUGGUGGUAUCACGAAGAAGUGCAAAUCUCAGUGCUGCAGCAAUUGCCUGCGUAUUAAAUCGAGUACGUCGGCCGAAGAUGACGGUCGCAAUUGAUGGAAGCACAUACAAAUAUCAUCCAUUUUUCGACCAUUGGGUUGUCGACAAAAUCAAGGAGCUCAUCGAUCCUGGACUUGAGUUCAGAGUGAUCCAAACCGGUGAUGGUAGCGGUAAGGGAGCAGCGUUGAUCGCUGCCAUUGUCACUCGUGUGAAACGAGCCGAGGAGAAGCGAAAGAAGGACGAAGCAGCACGAUUGGCACGUGAAGCAGAAGAAGCGGAGAGGAGGCGUAAAGCCGAAGAGGAACGUCUUCGACUUGAGGCUGAGGAACGUCAACGUGAGAAGGAGGCGGAAGAGGAUCGAGCCCGAAAAAUCGAAGAACUCAUGUCCUACGGCGCGGAUCGUGCUAAAGAGGAACAAACAAACUAUGUGACAUUGGAAGAUUGA